AAGUAAUUUAAGUACGAAAUUAUAUUCUCUCCAAAAAUAAACGACGAAAGUAAAUUAUAUAUAGAACAUACAUUAUGAGCAUUUCCGAUCUAUCCGAUGAGUCUGAGCUAUCGUUUCCCGACGAGGAGGACGAGGGUCCCAAGAUUGGUAAGUACAUCGGUGGCCGCAAUGCCGAUGGCCAGCGUCAUGGACGUGGCUGGGCCAUUCUCCCCAAUGGAGAUCAGUACGAUGGCAACUAUCGCAAGGGUCGUCGCCAUGGCAUUGGACUAUAUGUCUUCAAGAGCGGUGCUCGCUACUAUGGACAGUAUCGCUGUGGUGUGCGCUGUGGUCGCGGUAUCUUUAUUUAUCCGGAUGGGUCCGUUUACGAAGGCAACUGGCGCAAGCAUCUGAAGCAUGGUAAGGGGCGCUACAACUAUGCCAGUGGAGACACCUAUUCGGGGGACUGGUAUAAGGGACAACGUCAUGGCGUGGGCAUCUAUAGUUUCAAAACCGAUAAGGACAACUGUUGCAUGUCGGUGCGCUUGAAGUCCACCUGGAACACCAAUGUGCGUUUGGGCCCAUUUGAGUUGUAUAUUGGCAACGAUGACAAGUGUACCAUACUGCAUGGCAUCUGGGAUGUGUUGUAUCCCACUGGACCAGCUGUGUUCAGCUUUGACAAUCGUUAUAUGCUGUUGGGUUUCUUUUUGCCAGGCGAUUACAAUUUCCGUGCCGCGCAGCCGUCUGAGGAGGGCGAGGGCGAGGAGGAGACGAAUCUUGAGCUCGAGGGUGAAGGUGAAGUGGUUGAAAUGAAACCAACUAUAUGGAUUGCACAGGAGAUUGCUGUCUACGAUUAUUCGCUGCUGCCACAGGAGCCAGUGCCAAUACCCAUCUCCGACUCCGAACUAUCUGUCUGCUCGAUAACCACCGAGCCAAGUGUUGUUAGCCACGAACAGGUGAGUUUCUAUGGCGAGGGCGAGGAAGGUGAGGACGAGCUCGAGGGCGAGAUGGAAUGCUUCCCAUGCGAAUGCGAUUACGAGUUAAGUGAGGUGGAGACCGAAUCGGAACCAUGCAAAAUCGAUGGAAGCCCGUGUGCUAUUGAGGUUCUUAAGCAGCCCGAGUGUCCGAAUGUCUAA